AUGGAAGUGUAUAAAGAUGUUGAAAGAACCUCGAAGUUGAAAACCUUUUCAAACCAAUCGAUAUUGAUGGCAUCGUUGGAAAACACCACAAGGGAUGACGACGACGAUGAUGAUGAUGACGAUGAGGACUUCAAUUUUGAUGACAAUGAUUCAACGGAGGAAGACGAAGAAGAUACCACAUUGGGUCCAGAGGCAGUGGAAGCUAUCAAGUUCUUAAAGGAUAUCAUAAGUCAGAUAAGUGAACAGACCAAAAAAUUGAACAGUGAAUACGAGAAGUUAUCCCAAAAGAAGUUGAGGAAGAACAAUUUAAGCAUCAUUGAAAGUAAGAAGGAGAAGAUACAAUCAAGCAAGGAUCUCAACAAGUUUCAUACCAAGAAAAUAAUGAAAAUCAUCAAAUUAUUGAGAUCAAACAAACUUAUUGAUACCUCCUUAAUAUGGGUAAUCAAGGAAGAUUUGAUCAACUAUGUGAGCUCAAACUCCAACUCAGAAAAUGCUGUGGUCAAUGACUCAACCUUGUAUGAUGAUAUUUUCAAUCUGAUAACCCCUGACGAUGACUAUUCCGAAAUACAUGACUCAGAAGUCUUCUCCACUCCGGUCAAAGAGUUGCCCAAGCAAAGUCAGAUAUUGCUAAACGGUUCGAAUUACUCAAAUGGCCACGCAAAGGAUAUUUUGACAAGUGAACUCACAUCCCAGAACGAUGCUUUUAGUCAUAAAACUCCAUCACCAAAACCAAGACAUGUUUCAAGCCCAGAGAUUUCGAAUCCAGGGAUUAUCAAAAUACUUAAGCCGGCAACUACUCCAUCCAAACCAAUUGGGGGAUUGAAAUGGUCUGCUGCUGCAGUCGCAGGUAUACUCGAUUCUGAGACCAUGAAGCCGGUUGAGGUUAAAACGCAAAGUGUGACGCCACAAGUACCCAUGAAAGUCGAAAGCCAGAAGGACUUGUCUGUGAAGCCCAUAAUCAAAUCUGCAUCAACAACUUCGGAAGGUUCACAGGAGGGAAAGAUCAGCAAAUAUGUGCAGGUAUUGAAGAACUCAUCUUUAUCAAGUAUAGAGUUGAAUUUAUUCAGUGAUCCAAACUUGCAUAAAUUACCACCAGGAAUGCAAGACCUCAUCAUAUCAUUCACAUCAAAAAGAAAUAACUCGCAUGAUUUUAGGCUACUUUAUGACUCCAAUGAAUUCAAUCAAUUCGUGAGCCCAAUUCACAAACCCUAUUCACCUCACCAGAUCCAACCACUUCUUAACAACAACUAUAACAGUGCCCAAUUUAAGCCUCCUUUGCAACUAUUCAAGUUACAAUCCUACUGGAAUAAAAUUAGGGCAGGAGAUCAAUUUGAACAAUUUUUGAUAGAGUUGGAAUCACUCACAGCUCAGAACAAUGUUGAAAAUGGUCCAAUAAUCAACGAAUUUGCUUUGGUAUUAUUCUAUGGUUAUUACUAUGGUUUGACUCCUAUUGAAAACCUUAUUGCAGAAUCCUGUUUGUUAAAAUUAGGAUGGAGACCUUACAGAAACAGGAUCGAUGAUUCACUCAACAAAACCAUUUCGCCUGGAAACAGUGUCAAGUUUUCGGGAUCAACAACUGCAUCGAGUAAUUAUCUCUAUUGGUUCAAAUGUAUCAAGUUGAUAUCAACAGAAGAAGCUACUGCGGUGGAAUAUGGGGACUACCAAGUUUUUGAUUUGUCAACUUGGGAAAUCUUUGUUAAGUUCGGUUUCAAGUUUGACAAUAACUUGAGCCAACUGGCCCCAUCGACAGUUCUCUGUUGA